CAGUAGUUGAGAGACACAGAGAGUCCCAGAGAUAGGUGGUGGUGGUGGUGGUGGUGGGGUAAUUAUCUGGCGUUUGUUGGCUGGCCCUCCCCAAGCUGCUGCUCGGAGCAGCGACACAAUGCAGCCGGGCCAAGCAGUGCAGGAAACACGCCGUGAUUGACAGCUGCGCUGUCCCAAAAAGGCUCCCAAGAAGAUGCUUAUCGGCCGGUGUGUAUAGGAGAGAAGGAUAAGGCGCGGGCGCUGCACUGUUCCCCGCAGUGCGCGCGGAGCCCGAACCCAGCGGUGCACUGUCUGUCCCCUUCAGGCCCCCUGGAGGAGGUGGGGGUCCGAUCCCACAGCCCCCGCCCCUCGCGCCCGGAAGACGCUUCUGCCUCACUCGCUGUCCCUCUGGGUGCUUUGGGGAGCGGUGCUUCGGCCGAUUGGCCGCUCGCUCCACCCGGGCUCGCCAUGCACUGCCACGCCGAGCUGAGGCUGAGCUCUCCCGGCCAGCUCAAAGCAGCCAGGCGGCGCUACAAGACUUUCAUGAUCGACGAGAUUCUCUCCAAGGAGACCUGCGACUACUUUGAGAAACUUUCCCUCUAUUCUGUGUGCCCUUCACUCAUCGUCCGACCCAAACCCCUGCAUUCCUGUACUGGCUCCCCUUCUCUUCGGGCAUACCCUCUUCUCUCUGUGAUCACCCGACAGCCUCCUGUUAUCUCCCACCUGGUCCCUGCCACCCCUCGCAUUGCCCAGGCUUUGUCAUGUCGCCCAGCCACAGAGGCUACCUCUGAUGCUCCAGCCAGCGAGGUCCCAGCCAGCAGUGAGUCUGAGACUGAACAGCCAACUCCCAGGUUGAAAAAACCCCGUCGUAGCCGUACCAUCUUCACAGAGCUGCAGCUCAUGGGAUUAGAGAAAAAGUUUCAGAAGCAGAAAUAUCUAUCCACACCAGACAGGUUGGACCUUGCCCAGUCUCUGGGACUCACUCAACUCCAAGUAAAGACUUGGUAUCAAAAUCGCAGAAUGAAAUGGAAGAAAAUGGUUCUAAAAGGUGGGCAGGAAGCUCCUACCAAACCCAAAGGGCGUCCCAAGAAGAACUCCAUCCCCACCUCAGAAGAGAUUGAAGCUGAAGAGAAAAUGAAUAGUCAAGCUCAGAAUCAGGAUGUGCUAGAGCCCACUCAGGAACACAAGAAGCUGGAACCUCCAGAGGAACCCAAGGCAUCUGAUCUCCCCACAGAGGCCCUUGAGUCCCCCAGUAGCCAGUCCCAGGAGCUGCCACCUCCCUCUUCGGAGACAGCAUCAUCAAGCUAAAAUUUACCUUUUCUUGGGAGGGGAGGGAGUGACUGAGGGUAAGAGGAAAAGGAGGCAGGGGGAAGUAAGGAGAAAAAACUCACCAAAGAACUCACACCUGAUGUGCCUGGGGAGGAGAGAAGGCAGGCAAACCCUUCCCCUCCUCCCAGAAUGUUCUCACAUCAUCAUCAGCAUGCAUGCACUUGAAUGAACCCUUGUUUGUUUUAGGCCUUGCUCCUGCUGAAAGGGUGUGCUGCCACAGGGCUACCCAACUUGCCUAAAGGAAGAGAGCUCCUUGGGGAUCUUACUGACACCAUGGUUGUCAUGGAGAUGGUUCCAUGGAGAUGGAAUACCCAGGUAUUCUGGCUGAGAAUACCUAUCUAUGGGGUAGGCUGUAUCCUGGAACAAAGAGGGAGGACGCCAUAGCUCUUUUCUCUAUCAGCUCCAGGGCAACCACCAAUCAAAGCAGAGAGAUAUGGAAGAACUGGGGCAGCUGCCCAAUUUCCUUGGUGACCUAGCACUUAUUUCUUGUAGGUUUUAAAAGAAAACAUUUAAAAUUUUUUGAGGGGAGGGGGAAGGGCAGGGUGGGUCAGGGGAUAAGGGAGUUCUGAAUUACUAGAGUUGUUUCUGAAGAAAGUUCCUGUUUGUUUGUUUGAUGUGUGCCUUUGUACCAAUUAAAGGGUGAUAAGGUGACCCAAGAACAUUUUCCUAUAGCCUUGCUCCAGUGGGGAUGUCAUCCCCAACAGCUGCAACGCAGAUGUGUUAAGAUAACUUUUAUUUUUUAAUUAAAAAAUAAAUAAUUGAA